UUUUCUCUCCCUCGCGGGUGCGCUGAUCAAUUCUAAGCAAAUUCCUCCCUUACGUGUUGACCUAGAAAAUCGAGGAUGAAUACUAAGUCUUCGCUUUAUUUUCACUUGUUUAGUGGUAAGACAAGAAGACUUCACACUUUUUUGUUUGCGUUUUUGCCGCAACCCAACAGUCACUUUGUCUUCGUGACUUUCACAGAACCUUCUCUUUUUCGAGUCCAAUCUUUGUAACUACCGUCGUUUGCUAGAGUUUGGUUUGGUGUUAGUUUGACUGCCUCUUUUCUUUUGUUUUUCUUUCUUUGUUUUCCUCUUUCCCUUUUUCUUGAGAGGGAUCACAAAUAACGGUCUAUGUUUUGGUUUUUGCUAAGAGAGGGGAAGAAGUAGUUGUUUCAUUUGAUUCUUGGUUGAUAUUUGUGCCUCUGUUCCUGAUUUCUUUAAAAUAAUUGGCUUUGAUUCAUGGGUUUAUGAGGUUAGUGAUUUUUGGUUUUUUGAUGUGCUGAAAUAGCGGAUUUUCUGGGUGGGUUAUUAGAGGAUUGUUUGUGUUUGAUAGGGUUUGGAAUUGUGUUUCUUGGUUUUGGGUUGAGAUUAAUUAAGUUGGGUUAGGAGAUGGCCGCGCUUUUGAGAAAAAUUAUGCCUGUUGUGCCAAGUUCUAAAAAUGGUGAUGACGACGAUGAUGAUUAUAAUGUUGAAUACUCGUUUGCUGUUGAGUAUUCUGGUCCUCCGGUCAGUUACGACAUUCCACGUGCGGUGCCUAUAGCCCUUGAUGAAAUCCCUGUUGCUGCCCCUGUUUCCUCUCCUUCUCUGGUGAAUGAUAGUACACUGCCAGUAGUCCAUCCAAUUGUAAAAAUUAUUCAGGAAGGUAUAAAACUGUCGAAGGAAACGAAAUUAAUCUCCGAGUCUUCAAAUUCUCACAGUUUACUAGCAGGAUCUGGUGCGACCUUGACUGGUCAUAAUAUGUCCUCUGUAGUAUCAAUUCAGGGGGAUGGCAAUGGUGCAUCCGGACGCUUAAUUGGUAAUUACUGUAAGGUCAAGUCAUCUGAGGGAAGUAGAAGUUCAGGUAGAUUGGAAAAUCUUGAUGGCCAUUGUAAUUCUUGUAAAAGUUUGGAUUGUACGAUCAGUGUUGAGUGCACAAGCAAAUUAUCUGGUAUUAUAGGAACUUCUGGUGAGUUGGAAAGCCAUGGUUAUCAUGAUAAUAUGCAUUUAAGUCUAGAAUUACCUGAGCUUAAUGCGGAAGAGGCAAAUGCAGGAUAUCAAGAUUAUAUGAAUCCUGGCAAUUCGGAAUCAACAGGAUCAGGUAUAAGUUCACAAGCUGUUUCAUCUGAGGUGUUUUCAUGCAAAGAGGAGGAUUUAAAUGAAGAAGAAACUCCUUGCCAUGCUAAAAGACCAUCGGUUGUUACUUUUCGUGAUCCUGAUCCUAGUGAUGUAGUUCUUGAAGAGUCUGAAUAUUGUGAGGUCAAAAGCACUGAACUGAGACCGCAGGCUGAAAGGCGUGGGAAGAAAGGUUCAUGCUAUCGAUGCUUGAAAGGAAAUCGAUUUACCGAAAAGGAAGUAUGCAUUGUCUGUGGUGCAAAGUACUGCUCUAACUGUUUGCUGAGGGCAAUGGGGUCAAUGCCAGAAGGAAGAAAAUGUCUUACUUGCAUUGGUUUCGGCAUAGAUGAUGCUAAGAGAGGAACCUUAGGAAAAGCUUCUCGGAUGCUUAGACGGUUGUUGACUGAGAUGGAAGUUAAACAGAUAAUGAGAUUGGAGUUAUUAUGCCCUGCAAAUCAGUUGCCGCCUGGUCAGAUUUCUGUGAAUGGUGAAUCCCUUUCUCAGAAAGAGCUUGAGAUAUUGCGGAGCUGCCCAAAUCCACCAAAAAAGCUAAAUCCAGGGCACUAUUGGUAUGAUAAAGUAUCAGGGUUUUGGGGAAAGGUAGGACAGAAACCAUGCCAGAUUAUAAGCCCCCAACUCAAUGUAGGGGGUCAGCUCGAUCAAAAGGCUAGUAAUGGGAGUACAAAUAUUUUGAUAAAUAAUCGGGAGAUAACUAAAAAAGAGCACUGGAUGCUUAAGCUUGCUGGAGUGCAGUGUGAAGGAAAACCUCACUUUUGGGUUAGCCCAGAUGGUUCCUAUCAGGAAGAAGGAAUGAAAGUAGUAAAGGGCCGUAUAUGGGACAAGAGUAGCAUAAGGGUUGUUUGUGCACUCUUGUCUUUGCCGACCCCUCCUAAUUGUGUGAAUCCUGCUGGUGAUGAAAAUGGUGCUAACCCAAGCUAUCCUGAGCACAAAGCACUGUGUAAUCUUCUUUUGCUUGGUGAUACCAAAUCUGGCACAAGUACCAUAUAUAAACAGGCCAAGCUUGUGUUCAAAGUUCCUUUCACUGAAGAUGAGCGUCAGAAUAUCAAGUUUAUGAUUCAAAGCAAUCUGUAUCUCUAUAUUGGUAUUUUGCUUGAGGGUCGUGAGCGAUUUGAAGAAGAAUGUAUGAUUGAAAGAAGAAAAAAACUGGUGAUUGAUCAGCCUGGUCCUUCAGGCCUGAUGGAUGAAAAAACAUUAUAUUCUAUCAGUCCAGGACUGAAAGCUUUUUCAGAUUGGCUUCUCAAAAUCAUGGUGUCUGGUAAUUUGGAAGUCAUAUUCCCAGCAGCUACCCGUGAAUAUGCACCAUUUGUUGAGGAAUUGUGGAAGGAUGAAGCCUUCCAGGCUACAUACAAUCGGAGGAAUGAAUUAGACAAGCUACCUAGAGUUGCUACUUAUUUCUUAGAGCGGGCUGUUGAGAUUUCAAGGACAACCUAUGAACCCUCCGAUCUCGAUAUCUUGUAUGCUGAGGGAAUGACAUCAUCCAAUGGGCUGUCUUGCAUGGAAUUUUCAUUUCCAAAGCCACCACAAGAGACCUCCAUUGAACCUGAAUGUCAAAAUGAUCCCUUGCUUAGGUAUCAACUCAUUAGAGUACAUCCAAAAAACCUUGGAGAGAACUGCAAGUGGCUAGAAAUGUUCGAAGAUGUUGAUAUUGUGCUGUUUUGUGUUUCCUUGACCGACUAUGAUGAGUUUUUUGAAGAUGACGAUGGAGUUCUCACUAACAAGAUGUUGGCCAGCAGGCAGCUUUUUGAAAGCAUUGUAACUCAUCCAACCUUCAAGGGAAAAAACUUCCUCCUAUUACUCAACAAGUAUGAUAUACUUGAGGACAAGAUUGAACAAUCGCCUCUCACUAAAUGUGAAUGGUUCCGUGACUUCAAUCCUGUCAUCAGCCACAAUUACAAUAGCAGAAAACAUAAUAAUGCACCUCGAGCUCAAUAUGCUUUCCACUACAUUGCAUUGCAGUUCAAGAGAUUGUUCAAUUCGCUUACUGACCGUAAAUUGUUCGUUUCACUAGUUAUGGGCUUGGAACCAGAGACGGUCGAUGAAGCUCUUAGAUUUGCAAGAGAGAUCCUGAAAUGGGACGAAGAGGAACCUAACUACACUAACAAUGAGUCCUCAUACACAGACAUGGAAGCAAGCUCAACAUCAUGAUUUUGUUUCAGUAUAAACAAAGUGCUUUUAAUUCUUACAUGCAUUAGAAAGAUUAAUAGAAAAAGGAACGAGUGUUUGCUUUAUUAACUUUCUGGAGCAAAUGCUUUUGUAUAUUGUAUAGCAAUAUACACACAAGUGGAUUCUGAAACAUAAGAAAAUACAGUUCUGGGAAGUUGGAUUCUUUUAUAUAUAUAUGCCUGAACGAAAGCUGUCUGCAUGGCAGAUUCACCAAGUAAAACAAUUAUCACUUCAUUAAUUCUAUUCCAA